UUUUCAUAUAAGAUUUAAACCAUGUAGGCCUUUUGUGUUUGUUGCUCAGCUCAAUGCAUAUCGGAUAAAAUGGAAUAUGAUUGUGUAGUAUGUGCCCUUCCACUUAUAUUGGUGAUAUUUUCUAGCAUUUCGAGUGCUCACGACAUGUGUCUUGGUGGAAAUUCUCCGAAAGACCGCACGAACGAGCAAAUGGUCGAUGUAUGCGGAAAAUACAAAACUAACGGAUGUUGCGACAGUCAAGCGCUUAGAGGAAUAACAGAUAAACUCUCCACAGAUAUGUCCAUAGAAGAAAUACCCAAAACAUGUCUAAGCCUUUUCACGGAAAUUUUAUGCCAGAAAUGCUCUCCAAAGUCGGGCCAUCUUUUCGAAGGAGAAACGAAAGAAGAUAGAAAAUUUCCGAUACUAUGUCAAAGUUUUUGUAGAAAGUUAAACGACAAUUGCGCAGAAUACAUCGUGAUGGUUUUUGGGAAAGAAAUAUGCGACCCUGAUGCUUCUGACAAGACGGGAAACUGCUAUCCAAAAACAGACUCGCUGGACGAAAAACACGAAGAAGUUAAAGAGAAUAAAUUUGCAGAAAAUUGCAUUCCCAUUUGUCUCCGGAAAAUAACAGACGGUGUGAAAAAUGUUGUGGAUGGAGCAUUUCCGCAAGACAAUUCCAACAGACUUUUUGUUGUUCAGCAAAACGGAAUCAUUUGGGAGUUAUCAGCAAAACGAGAGAGAUUACAAAAACCAUUUCUAAACAUUGCUAGCAAAGUACAACAGAGCGGAGCAGUUGAUGAGAGAGGUUUGCUCUCGAUGGUUUUCGAUCCAGAUUUUCUCUCGAAUAAAUAUUUCUACUUAUUUUAUAACCCUUCCGUGAGAGGAACCAGGGAACGCAUCGUUAGGAUGAAGGUUUCAGAUAUAGGCCCACCAAUGGUCGUUGAAGAAGAAAGUGAAGAAAUAAUUUUAGAAUUCCCAAAACCAGAAGGAAAUCACGAUGGGGGUCAGUUGUUUUUUGGAAACGAUGGAUAUCUUUACAUUACUACAGGAGAUGGGGGAGGGGGAGGAGAUAAACACGGAACGCGUGGAAAUGGACAAUCUCUAACAACUCUUCUUGGUAAUAUUCUUCGAAUCGAUGUGAAGUCGAAUCCUAAUGUUUCAUACACGAUACCCGACGACAAUCCAUUCGUUAAUUCUGACGGAAUGGAAAAGAAAGAGAUAUUUGCUUAUGGCCUGAGGAACCCAUGGAGAACUUCUAUCGAUCGUGAAACAGAUAGAAUAUUCUGCGGUGAUGUUGGACAAAAUCAUAUUGAAGAAGUUGAUAUAAUUGUGAAAGGUGGGAAUUAUGGAUGGAGAGCCUACGAAGGAAAUAAUUGCUAUGAUCAACAAAUGUGUGACGAAAUUAAAGCAUCUGACCAAGCUCUUCAAUGGCCAAUAUAUUCUUACACACAUGAUGUUGGACAGGCAGUAAUUGGGGGAUAUGUAUACAGAGGGUCUAAUGUACCAGAACUGAACGGCAAAUACGUUUAUGGAGAUCAGCGUAAGAGUCAAAUAUGGGCUCUGGAGGAAAAUGGCGACAAAUGGGAAAAUCGGAAUAUUUGUGUUGGAAAAUCUGCUUGUCCUGAUGGAACUAUAUCUCACAAUCCCCGACAACAUUUGUUUGCAUUCGCACAGGACGAAAAAGGUGAAUUGUAUAUGUUCGUAGCUAAAACGGCGAAAAUGACGGAAGCAAAUGGCGAAAUUUAUAAACUUAUAUCGGCAAUUAAUUAAAUAUGUAUUUCUAUAAGCGAACUGGCAGCCGUAGAUCUUCAUAUGGUUGGC